AUGAACGUCAGCGAAAAAUCAGAGCGAACCUCUGAAAGUUCUGCCCCUCCGCUCAAACCACAUGAACAGAAUGGAGGGACACAUGAGAAUGAUGGUGCGGGGAACAACCAUGCCACCACCACCACUGAAGCAUCCGUUGCAAGUUCUAUCGGUAGCAACAUCCACUCGGUUCAUCCUGUGGAUUCAACAACGACUAGUCCUGUUCCCUCGUUGCUAACAACAAUAACAACAUUACCUACCAUCUCGAUAUCGGCCACACCUCCUGUUGCAACAAAACAGAGAGCCAACUCCUCCUCCACUUCUUCUUCAACAGCCUCUUCUUCUUCGUCUUCCUCUUUGGGUGGUGAUCAACAACUUCCCUUGUUGUCCUCCAACGCCACUACUACUCCUCCAACCACAGCAACAACCACUCCAAGAACAACAAGUCUAUCCCUUUCAUUACCGACAGCAACAUCCUCCACCAUGAAACAACAACAUGCUCCCACUUCAAUACAGGAAGGACUUGCUGGCUAUAUAGUGUCUGAUUCUUUGACUCCAACCUCCGAAGCAAGUUCCACCAUAUCUUCCACUCCAACUUCAUUGAGCAGCCUUGUAAUGGCCAUCCCACAACCCGGAGAAGCAACAUCUGGCUCGAAACCUAAAAAGAAGAAAGCUGGUGCCAAGAAAGCAUCCGAAACGGUCAAUCCUCCUCUUGUUCCUCUUACACCAGGAAGCGACGAGUACAAUGAAUUCGUUCAAACCAUCAAAAGCAAAAUAGUGUUGCCCAAGAAGUUGUGCUCGAGUUGUGGAGUGAAUGACACCCCAACGUGGAGAAAGGGACCCUUGGGUCUUGGAACCUUGUGUAAUGCUUGUGGUAUUAAGUAUUCGACUCAUUCAUUAACAUUGGAUCCUCAAACAGGUGGACGAGAGGGAUACAAGAGCUUUGUUGUGUUAGGAGAUCCAUCUAUGAAGCAUUCUAUCACUGCUGGUAGUGCGGAGGAGGAUGGUUCGGCAACACCACACACCUCCGAACAACAACAACAUUUGGACGGAGAUGGAAAUGUGUUAGAUGCAAGUUUGGACACUUCAAUCAAAACAGAAACACAAGUGGGAGAGAAUGGAAGUUUAUCGUCAUCUUUGCCUUCUGAUGCAUCACAAGUUACUCCCGAGAAGAAGAAGAGAUCUCGAGGAAGACCAAAAGGAUCAGGCAACAAAAAGAAGCUUGCCGAACAACAGCAACAGUUGCUACAACAACAACAGCAAAUGGUCAUUCAUAUGGAGGAUGGGGUUGACGUCAAUUCCAUCCCUGCACAACCUGUCGUCACUCCAAAGAGAGGACGUGGUAGGCCACCCUCCAAACACAAGCAAGCUGCGGCAGCAAUGACGCCUGUUGUGGUGACUCAACCCGAGGAUACAAUGGAUUUAAGCUUGGAUUUAAACGCUUUUGCGGAGGAUGAAAUACAUCGCACCCAGUCACAACAACCAAAACGACGUGGAAGAAAAAGAAAGAAUGUCAUAGAAGAAGAUUCAGAUUAUAUUCCUGAAGAUGAGACCCAUGUUAAUUUUGUCACCACUCCUGUAACCAUUGCAAGAGGAAAGGGUAAAAGCCUCCUGGCCGCACUACCCCCAAGUGAGGUUUCGACAAUUCAACCAACACCAGUUGCAACAAUUACAACCACUCAAAAGAAAAAGAAGGUGGUCUACUUCCCCACUGCCACUGAAACACAGUUACAUUUGUUAGCAAAACAAAUUACAUCGGCAAAUAUUUAUGGCAGCCCUUCCAGCGAACAAAAUUGUAUAUAUUUCUCAUCUGAAUUUCUUAGACAAUGUAUUGAGGGUUUUGGAGUCUUGCUCAAACAAAAGCAGAAGAAAAAUGGUGAUAUUAACAAGAUUCUCACUAAGGAUGCUCUGACUUAUAUUUUCUUAUUUUUGCACCAGACAGAUAUUGUAAAUUUGAUGCUUGUUUGCCGAUAUUGGUGCGACAUUGCAAAAUCUGAAGUCAUUUGGAAGGAAAUUUAUCGACGCAAUUGGGGAGUUAAUGAAGAGUCGGUUGCAAGUUUCACAAAGAGUAUUCUUGCAAGAGCUCCUUCUAUCGAUUGGUAUGAAAUGGUUCAAGCAAGAACAAAUGUAAGAAUAUGCUCACCUAUCCAACAAAUUGAAUUUAUGGCAAAAUUUUAUGCUAUCGAAAACAAACCUAAGAUUUUGGCAUGCAUCCAGCAAAACCUUAAUGAGGAAAUCAAUGAGAGAAAUUCGAGAAAGCAACAACAACUCUAA